CGAAACGUAUCGAUAUACUUUGUCAAUUAUCGAUUUUGUAUUUGAAAGCUUUUUAUGUAUAUAAGAAUGUUUAUAUUUACUUUUCGUGAGUGAGAAUUGGUGUUUACUAACAGUACUUCCAUAAGAGGAUAUUCAUAAGUCAAUCAUGUCUGAUGCAUGGGAAGAGAUUCAGGCUAUAAGAAGUAAACGAAAUAUUAUACGUGAGAAACUGAAGAAAAGAAAGAAAGAACGACAGGACAUCCUGAACCAAUCUGCUGUAUCUAUUGUUACUGAUGUUACACCAGUCUCACUACCAAAGACGAAGGCUUUGUCAACUGAAGGUAGUUCUUCAAAUGUACCAUCACCUGUUUCUCAAGUUGACGAUGGUGAGGAAAGUGAAUCUGCCAUUGAUCUGGUCAAACCAGAUCCGGAAGUGGAAAAGCUGCUGCUUCGUUGCUUAUGUGAAGUGUCACUGACACUGCCUACAAGUUCAAGUGAGCUUGCCGCUGCUGUCGGUAAACAGCUUAACAAGAGUGUUCCUCAUCUAGCUGUGACAAAUCUUUUGCAGAAAUUUGCAACACAACAGUUAAUAAGUGUGAAAGAGAACAGCAAAGAUGGCAAACCAGCACUAGAUGUUGUUUCUGCAGAGCACACCAAGCUUGUGGCCAUGGUAAAUGAGCUAGAAGGAGAAGAAAAAGCACGAACAUUAGAGCAACCAACAGAGGAAGUGAGUCGAAAGCGGAAAUGUGAGGGGGAACUUGAAGGAGAGCCUGCACCCAAGGCUGUAAAGACUGCAGCCUCUGACAGAGAUAAGGAUCCGAAGGCUGCUGAUAUUAUGUCACUUCUCUCCAUGCCUUCAAUACGUGAAAAGGAAAAUAAGAAAGUUGGUGAAGAAAUUUUAGACCUCCUCAGCAAGCCUACAGCAAAGGAACGAUCGCUUGCUGAGAGAUUCCGCUCACAAGGAGGUGCUCAGGUGAUGGAGUUUUGUCCUCAUGGGACGAAGGUUGAGUGCAUGAAGGUUAACUCUGCUGAAGCCUGUAAGAAGCUACACUUCAAAAUUAUUCAAAAACACACAGAUGAAGCCCUUGGAGACUGUUCUUUUUUAAAUACAUGCUUUCAUAUGGAUACAUGCAAGUAUGUGCAUUAUGAGGUAGAUGGCCCUACUGUGCAGUUUCCAAAGGAAGCUGGUAGCAAGAUAGAAAGUAUAGAAUGCAAAGCACUUGGCCGAUCUCAAGAAAUGACUAUAUUGUAUCCUCCUCAGUGGAUACAGUGUGAUCUUAGAUAUCUGGAUAUGACAGUAUUAGGGAAAUUUGCUGUGAUAAUGGCCGAUCCUCCAUGGGACAUUCACAUGGAGUUGCCUUAUGGUACAAUGUCUGAUGAUGAGAUGAGACAGUUAGGCAUUCCAACAUUACAAGAUGAAGGACUUAUAUUUCUGUGGGUGACUGGAAGGGCAAUGGAAUUGGGCAGAGAGUGCCUGAAACUCUGGGGCUAUGAACGUGUUGAUGAAAUAAUAUGGGUCAAAACAAACCAACUGCAGAGGAUAAUUAGGACUGGUCGCACUGGUCAUUGGCUCAACCAUGGAAAAGAGCAUUGUUUAGUGGGGAUGAAAGGUAGUCCAGACAACCUUAAUAGAGGACUUGACUGUGAUGUUAUUGUGGCAGAGGUACGAGCUACGAGUCACAAGCCUGACGAAAUAUAUGGUAUCAUUGAACGUUUAUCGCCAGGCACAAGGAAGAUUGAGCUCUUUGGACGCCCUCAUAACGUCCAGCCUAACUGGAUAACACUUGGAAACCAAGUCGAUGGUGUUCGUCUUGUUGACCCAGAGCUCAUCCAAGCUUUUCGAAAAAGGUAUCCAGACGGAAAUUGUAUGACCCCACCAAAGUCUUGAUCUAAACUAAAAUUAGUGAGAAAAUUUCAUUUUCAUACUGUACUAUACAUCAGCUUACGUGUGUUAUCAUGAAAGUAUUCAAUCAUUUUGUAAAAAAAUGAAAAAUAUGAAUUUAUGAUAGUGAAA